AUGGCUUUUCUUCAUCCUUUCAGCUUCACACUUUUUGUUACCUCCAUUCUAUUCGUUUUAUCUAAUCUCCCAAACAGUUAUGAAGCUACACCCUUCAAUCGCAUGCUGGCUUUGGUUCAGCCAGAACCGAUUGUUCUCAAGGAUCAUAAGGGUCCACUCCUAAAGGGAAACGUCACCGUUCAUGUCCUCUGGUAUGGAAACUUCACCCCUACCCAACGCUCCAUCAUCAUUGACUUCAUCAAAUCCCUUAGCUCUGCUUACCAUGCUCCAUCUCCCUCCGUCCGAUCAUGGUGGCAAACCACCGCCAGAUACAGAGGAGGUCCCUGCACCCUCGCCGUAGGGAAACAGAUCCUCGACGACACUUACUCCCUCGGCAAAUCACUCAAAACGACGCAGCUCGUAGCCCUCGCUUCCAAAACGGUAACAAAAACGCGCGGUAAAGAAAUUCGCGUCGUGCUCACUGCCGCUGACGUGGCGGUUGAGGAUUUCUGCAUGAACCAGUGCGGGACCCACGAUUCGGGUCGGGUCGAGAAGAGUAAGGCUGUCUACGCUUGGGUGGGUAACCCGAUGGCGCAGUGCCCGGGGGAGUGCGCGUGGCCGUUCCACCAGCCAGUGUACGGCCCACAGACUCCGCCGUUAGUUCCGCCUAACGGCGACGUCGGGGUGGACGGAAUGUUGAUAAGCUUGGCGACGGUUCUGGCGGGAACGGUGACGAACCCGUUCAAGAAUGGGUACUACGAAGGGUCGGCGGUGGCGCCGCUGGAGGCUGUGUCGGCGUGCACCGGCAUUUUCGGGAAAGGGGCGUAUCCGGGUUACCCGGGUAACGUUUUGGUGGACAAAACGACGGGAGCUAGCUACAACGCAGUGGGUGUGAAGGGUCGCAAAUUUCUGUUGCCGGCUAUGUGGGACCCCAACACUUCCACCUGCAAGACACUCGUCUAA